ACAGUAUCACUGAGAGAUAUAAUUUCCUGAAAAAAGGAAGGAUUUAUCAUCUCGACUCUAAUUAACGUUGAUAGUUUUCCCCUUACGUGUGGUUUUGACCCUCGCCUGGUUACAAAUUUACUCUACAAUUACCGGGCGUUGCCCUCUAUAGUGAAUGUUUAUAAUGGACUGUUCUACAAUGCGAAACCAAUGAUAAGAGAAGAAAAUUCUUGGGAAGCUGCAAUGCUGAAGCAACUUGACGAUUUACUGCCGCAAUCACUAAAUCGGCCCAAAACACAUGGCGUAUUCUUCCGCGGAAUACGUUCUGCAAAUCUGCAGAAAAACGACUCGCCAUCGUGGUAUAAUCCUUACGAAGCGAAGGAAGUCUUUCUAAUGACAGCCAAAUUGUAUCGUCAUAACAUUAAAAAGCUGAAUCUAUUGGCAUCAUAAGUCCGUCCAUGAAACAGGUUAAACAUUUGCGAAAUCUUUUUGUUGAUGCCGACGUAGCAAUGCCUAAAAUUGGCAUUGUGGAGGAAUUCCAAGGACAGAAACGCGAUAUAAUAUUAAUCUCAGGAGUGAGAUCAAGCAAGGAGCAUAUAUGUGACGAUAUGCACCAUGGAUUAGGAUUCAUACGAAACGAAAGAUCAACCAGACUCGCAAUUUCUCGGCCUCGUUGUCUGCUUAUGAUAUACGGAAACCCCGACACACUCUUUUUGGAUCCUCAUUGGCGCAUGAUCAUAAAUUACUGCAUCGAUAAUGAUGCCUA